AUGGUCUCCUCUUACCCCUUACCGGAGGGCUUCUCGGAGUUUGACGUGUUCUCUCUGGGCUCUUGUCUGCUCGUAGAGGGGCUUCUCGGCUUCUUCCUAAAUGCGGUGACGGUCGCUGCUUUCCUCAAUGUCAGAGAGCUGAGGACCCCAAGCAAUUUCCUAGUGUUCAGCUUGGCACUGGCUGACAUGGGGAUCUCCAUGAAUGCCACCGUCGCUGCUUUCUCUAGCUUCCUGAGGUACUGGCCUUAUGGUUCUGAUGGGUGCCAGACUCAUGGCUUCCAGGGCUUCGUUACAGCACUGGCCAGUAUCCAUUUCAUCGCUGCCAUUGCGUGGGACAGAUACCACCAGUACUGCACUAGAACAAAGCUACAGUGGAGCAGUGCCAUCACCCUGUCUGUAUUUAUCUGGCUGUUCACCGCCUUCUGGUCCGCCAUGCCCCUCAUUGGCUGGGGAGAGUACGACUAUGAGCCCCUCAGGACCUGCUGCACUCUGGACUACAGCAAGGGAGACAGGAACUAUGUGUCCUUCUUGAUUCCCAUGAGCAUCUUCAACAUGGCCGUUCAGGUGUUCGUUGUCAUGUCGUCAUACCAGGCCAUCGCACAGAAAUUCAAGAAGACCGGAAACCCCCGGUUCAAUGCGAGCACUCCUUUGAAGACGAUGCUGUUCUGCUGGGGUCCCUAUGGGCUCCUGGCCUUCUACGCAGCGGUUGAAAAUGCCACCCUGGUCUCCCCCAAGCUAAGGAUGCUGGCUCCUAUCCUAGCUAAGACUUCUCCCACCUUCAACGUGUUCCUGUACGCCCUGGGAAACGAGAACUACAGAGGAGGCAUCUGGCAGUUCCUCACUGGGGAAAAGAUCGAAGUGCCUCAAACUGAGAACAAGUCCAAAUAA